ACCUUCCAGUUCUAUAAAUAUUUCAUCUAACCAAAAAUUGUAGCCGUCUGACAUUCUCUAUUUGAAUUUAUGAUACUAAGCGCAAAAAUGACUAUUAUUAUGGGUGGAGCUGAGAAUAAUGAGUUGAGUAGGAUGUACUAUAUUGAGAUUAGAUUAAGGAAGCAGCGUAGAGAUUAAGCAGGAAGUGGAAUAUUCUCGGCUACUUUUGUCUUGAUUGCGUCCGAACUAAGCUGCAGACAACUUGUAUAUGCAUAUAAUCAACCCUCACUAAUCUCCUUUCUACUUUAUUAUCUAUGUAUCCACUUAGUUUUUGAGCUUGCCUCUCUCUCUCUCUCUCACAAAUCCCAAAAUCAUCUUGAGAAGAUUGCGUCAUGUCUUGCCUGAGAAUUAAGCUUUUCCCAGCCAAAAGAGCCUGGAAGAGCUUAACCGCCAAAUUCCACAAACUCCGGAGAUCCAAAACCAAACCCCAAACCCGGUACGGUGCAUCAAUUCGCAGAAAUUCCAGUGUUUUUCUCAUCCGUCUAAAGAGAGGUUGCUUGUUCAAGAAGAAACGCAAAGCUGUUGUAUACGUCGAUAAGCUCUUUAGAAAAGCCAAUUGGAUACCAGCAAAACAGUGGGAGCCGGAGGAAGAAUUGCUUACAGAGAGAGGAAUAGACGAGAGAGCCCAAGAGUUCAUCAACAGAAUGAAAGCAGAGAUGAUCGCUUCACGCAACUUGUAGUAACUCAUAAGCAGACUUUGGAUAAUUAGUAAUUUCUUCUGUGUAUAAAAAAAAGAAGAAGCCAAUUUAAACUAUUCUGUUAAAAAACAAUCGUCUCGUCUGUAAUUACCCUUACAAAUCCUAUUCCUUUAA